CCGGGGCGGGGCUCGCGCGCGGCGGACCGUUGGUAGCGCGCGGGCCGGGGCGGAAGCCCGUGGGCCGCGGAGCGCCGAGGCUCGGCCCCGUCCUGCCGGGAGACGAAGGGAGGGGGCGGCGGGGGCCGGCGGCUGAGGGAAGCGUAACGGCGGUGCCGCGCCCGCGUGUCUCCCGGCGGGAGGAGAGGAGGAUGUGAGGCCGCGGGAAGAUGAAACCCGGCGCCGCGGAGGUCACCGACAAAGGAACGCGUCCCCGUUCUACCGAAUUAACUGCUCUUUUUGCUUUGCUUCUAUGUGUUCAUAACCACUGCUGGGAGAAUAUAGCGGCAGUGGUGGCUUUGCUCCCCCCUGUUAAGGCAGUUUCAGCGAAGGAGUGAAUGGGUGGCAGAGGGACUGUUUUGACUCUAGAAGAUGCCUGCUCAGUUCCUGCGUCAGCCCUCUGUCCUUUCUGAGCUUCUCCAAAGGAUAAUAACCAGGAGCUGACCCGCAGUCACUGAGGAGACAAGCGGUUUAAAAUCACCAAUAUGCCAGGCUUGGAUGAUUGAGCCUCCAUCAUAGGUUGUAAUCCAUCCUGGAAUGGAUGCAAGUAGGAAUGGUUGCUCACACUUGAGUGCGCUUAGGAUUCCACGAAGUGUACCUCCUCUUCAGAAUUCCAUGCCUCUAUUGAUUGUGUCCUCUGCAGAUGAAAUGCAAGCAAAAACAGAAAAGAUAAAAUCUUCUCUGAAAAGCGUGAAAAAAGAAGUAGGAAAACCAGAGAAACUGAAAUAUAAACCACUCACUGGAAAAGUGUUUUACCUCGAUAUUCCAUCAAAUGUGAUCUCUGAAAAAAUAGGGAAGGAUCUUAAAGAACUGGGAGGGCGAGUGGAGAGUUUUCUUAGCAAAGAUAUCAGCUAUCUGGUGUCCAGUAAAAAGGAGGCAAAAUUUGCACCAACUCUCAGUCAGAUUUCUCCAGUUCCUAGCCCAGAAUCUGUAUGUAAUGGAGGGAAUGGCACAUCUCAUCCCAGCAACCGAAAAGAUCGACAGGAUGGAAGUUCAUUUAAGGCAGCAGAUGCAGUACGUUUGAGCAGAGGAAAAUCCUUAGCUGAAAAAGCAAUCAGAGAGCAGGAAUUAAUCCCCUCUGGUAGCAUGCUGUCCAAUGCUUUGAGCUGGGGAGUGAAAGUACUUCAUAUUGAUGAUGUUAAGCAUUAUAUUGAACAAAAGAAGAAAGAUCUCUACCUAAUCAAAAGCACAGGCAGUUCUUUUAAAGAUGCGGGAAAACAAGUUACCACUCAAAAGUCAAAAAGUAGGCUGAAAAACCCAUUUGUGAAGGUGGAAGAUAGAAGUCGCUCCUACCGACCAUUUUAUCUGCAGUUACCGAGUUUUCCAGCUCUUAACUACUGUGUUCCAAAACCUUGUAGUCCAUUUGAGGUCGAUAAGAAGCAUCCUUCUGGUCCAAAACAAACUCAGUCUAAGCAAAGAAAAGAUAUAAACAGUGACAAGGACUGCAGAACUCCUGUUCAGCUUCAUCAGAAGGACAAAAAAAGGAGAGGAUAUUGUGAAUGCUGUGGGAAGAAAUAUGAAGAUCUACAAACUCAUCUUGAAAGUGAACAGCACCAGAAAUUUGCACAAAGCACACAGUAUCAAGUUGUUGAUGAUAUAAUCUCCAAGUUUGUUUAUGAGUUUGUUGAAUAUAGGGAUGAUGAAAAAAACAUGAAAAGGAUAAAAUGUAGUACAGGAUACUUUUCUCCUAUUAUUGGAAAGAUAACACGACCAGAUGAGCUGAAAGAACGGCUGAAAAAGCAACGCGUUUCAUUGAGAACUUACUCGUGGAAAGAUACUACAAUGCAGGCACUCAAACUGGAUCGUCAGCCUGCAGAAAUACAACCAAAUUCCAUGUUGGUGCCUCCCCCUAUUUCUGCAUCUCUGUGUUCAAUUCUUUACUGUCAUCUGUCUCAACCUCCAGAAGUAAAAAGUAAAUUCAGAAAUAAUGGUGGAAACACAAGAACUAAUUGCUUCUGUGCCACAAAGCUAGGACAGUCUGUGAUGUCGCCAAAUUUCAUACAACCACUUCCUCAGAAAGAUGGUAAAUCAUACAUGGAGAACUUGUGUCAAGAUUAUGAGCCAUUCAGUAAAGAAGUACUUGAACCAGAAGUAAAUAAAAAGAAUUUACAGCGUUUUCAAGAAGGUGUGUGUACUUUAUGUUCUCAUGCUCAAGUUACAGAUCUUAGUGAAAAGGACAAAAACUUAGCACAGCCUAAACGAAAAUUGAAUCCUGCAGUAGUUCUACCCGCAAAAUGUUUGAAAAAAAUGGAUGCCAGUCCUACAUUUGUCGAGAAACAUCGUGAUUUAUGUGAUAAUCAUCAACAGAUGCAGCACAAUGUAGUUCUGGAGGCUGAGGUAUCCGAGUCUGCUAUAAACAAAGAACUUAAUGAAUUGGCUGCCAACGCUGCACACUGCUCACCAUCUGGAAAGCUGCACAGGAAAGUAAAGCUUUGCUUAGGAAGAAAUAGAAGAGAAAACCGGAAGCAGAAUAUAGAGUUAUGUGUGAAGUAUGCAGAUGGACUGUCUGUCCCCAGAGAGCAAAGGGAUUGCAGCUCACCUGUGCAGGCCCUACUGGAAUUGUUUCAGACAAGUGAAAUAAAGUCUGAAUUUAGAGGUUUUUCAGUUUACACUGAUCAUGAAGAUUCGACUGGCACAGAAGAUGUAUGGGAAGGGCAGAACACAAAUGCUGUUAGUUUAUUUUCUUCUUCAUCCUCUUCCCCGUUUAUUGGAUUUUAAUGCUGCUUUAUUUAAUACAGUGUUUUUCAAAUAAAUUUGCAGGUUUAAGAUUUUAUUCAUGGAAAUAUUCUUUUGUUAUGUACAGAUGAAUUAAUUUUCAAGGUUUUUUAAUGCAAAAACUUCUAUAUGUGUAUAUGUGAAUAAAACUUGCUAAGAGUUUUCUUUUUCUUAAA